AACCGCAAGCAUGGUCAGAAAGGUUUCAUCACGGUCCGCAUGGUUUUCACGCCACAGAUCAUCGCCAAGAGCCGAAAGUCGACCAGUACCUUCAGCACCGCAGGACGCGCCGUCAACCAAGUAGGCAAUGCACCUAUCGCAGUCGGAAAAGGUGUCAUUGGAGGUGUCGGUACCGCCGGUAAAGGUGUAGCUGGUGGCGUUGGUGCAGUAGGAAAAGGUGUCAAGGGCCUGUUCGGUGGUGGAAGAAAGGGUUCAGAUGCUGAUGCUACUAUUCUCCCCGCCACUGGGCUCAACUCCGCUGGUAUCCCUGUCAUUCAAGAACCCCCAUCGACCCAGGUCACCGAGCAGAUUCCUGGAGCCCCUGCUCCUGCCGCCGGAUACACUCUUGGCAACGACUCGCAGACCUUCCCCAAGACACCAACCUCCGGUAAUCCAAUGGAGGGUGUAUUGAGGGUCACGGUUCAGAACGGAAAGGAUCUCGCUGACUCGGAUGGCGAUCAAGUUCGACCUUAUGUGGUGCUUUCUAUGGGUGGCAAGAAACAGGAGACCAAACACGUAUCAAAGACCAAUAACGCUGACUGGGAGGAGGCGUUUACUUUCCAAGUUGGACCGGAAACCAAGACAUUGCAUCUCGAGGUGAUGGAUAACAGGACCUUUGGAAAGGAUAAAUCCAUUGGACAAACUGACAUCGCGAUUUGGGACAAACUUCAACCCAGUGGCUCCAACCCCGUCUCCUCGGCAAUC